AUGUUGGCAGGUGCGUUAGUUCUGGGCACCAUCCUCUCAGCUUUACCAGGUAUCCAGAGCAGGUGGAGUGUGUCAUUUUCUAGAAGAGAUAUCUGUGUGUGGGCAGGAACAACUGUCACUCUACCCUGCCGAUAUGACUACCCAUCAGGCCACACUGUGAAGUGGGUCAUGUGGUUCCGUGUGUCUGCAGAGGGACGCAGAGAGUUCACCCACCACACUGACCCAAACCAGGUCAGCCUGUCAUACCGCGGACGCACACGCUACAUUGGGGGCAGCUAUUCCAGCUGCUCAGUCCAGAUUCGGGGUGUCAAGCUGAGUGAUGCAGGCCAGUACCACUUCAGAUUUGAGACAGACCAACCACAGGGGAGAUGGACCUCUCCUGACACCAUCACACUUGCUGUAACAGAUCUCCAGGUCCAGGUUCAUCCAGCCAGGCCAGCCAACAUGUUUGGCUUUGGAGAGACAGUGUUUGUGGGCUGCCAGGCCAGAGGAUGUGCUGCUCCAGGAAGGAGCCUUGCUCUGUACAGGAAUGGACUAAACCUUGGUUCCUAUGAGAAAUGGAUGAUUAUCAACCGCUUUGACCUUCAGCAUGUUGGAGAGUACACCUGUCGACCAAUCCCACCACAGAAUGUACAGUCACCGUCUCUUUCUCUGGCGCUGGGACAUGGUCCUCGCUCCACCUCCAUAGCAGUCUUUCCUGUUGGGGAGGUGUCAGAGGGGGGAUCGGUCACUCUGACCUGCAGUAGUGAGGCAGCUCCGCCUGUAGAGAGCUUUGCAUGGUUCAAAGACAUGGAGAGUGGCAGCAUCCCAGACAGUUUUAGGCCUCAGCUCCUCCUGUCCCAACUCAAAUACACAGACAGAGGAGAGUACUUCUGUGUCGCACGCAAUUCACUGGGAACCGACCGCUCCAAACCGCUGCUACUCAAUGUGACAUACUCUCCAAAAUCCACACGUGUGGUGGUGAGCCCUCCUGGUGACAUCAGAGAAGGCUCAUAUGUAAACCUCAGCUGUGUCAGCCACGCCCACCCUCCAGCCAGCAGAUAUGCUUGGUAUCGCAUCCUAGGUGACCAGGUGUUGGCUAAAGGAACCAUCCAGAACCUGACUUUCCCAUCAGUGCGUGCUCACCACGCUGGUCAGUACUACUGCACAGCAUGGAACCGACUAGGAUACCAAACCUCACAUACUGCAACACUCACUGUGCUGUAUCCUCCCAAGAACACUUCAGUUCUGGCUCGUCCUUCUAGUGUGGUGGAUGCUGGCCGACCUUUGACCUUGACCUGCAGCAGUCAGGCCAACCCAGCAGUAGACAACUUCACAUGGCACCGCUUAGCCACGGACGGGGGCUCUAUUCAAUCGUGGGGCACCAGGUCCGUUCCUGUCUUCACGUUCUCUGAGGUCAGCCCUGGAGAGAGCGGUCAGUACUACUGUGAGGCCAGGAAUCGAAUCGGAGUCCAUAGUUCUCCUGUCCUCACUGUACGAGUCAGAGGUCGUCUUAAGGUGAUUGCCUUGGCGUCAGCAGUAGGCGUGUCUGCUGGGCUCAUCACUCUGACUGUGGCCAUUAUGAUCAGUAAGAACAUGCACAGAGUGGACAUGGAGUCUGUAGAAAUAGCAAACAAGCGUCCGUCAGUGACAGCUGACACCAUGUUCUAUGAGUCAGCCCAGCAGACCUUCCCAGUGAGAAAGGGCAAGAUGUGCGACAUACCAGAAGAGCCAGAUGACUUGAGUGACAGCUCCCACCCCACCAUCGUUCCUCUUAAAGAUGCUCCACCAAUCACAGAAGUUGAAACUCACAGCCCUGCCCCCAACUACAUCACUGUCCACUACUCCAGGUUGUCCAGUGUCGACCAGGUGCAGGUCCACAAUCUGCCAGUGGGUGGUGAUAAAAAAACAAAGGAUUCUUCCAAAGUUGUUUACACUUUACUGCCCCAGACUCGCCACUGA